AUGAAGGCCAUCGUGGUUGAGAAGUAUGGGCCAAUCGAGAAUCUAGAAACUCGAGUCGUUCCCGAUAUAGGGGAACCCGAGGGCCGCGAUGUAUUGAUAAGGGUAGAAGCGUGCUCUGUGAAUCCUAUUGAUAUCAAGGUACGGGCUGGUAUCUAUGAUGAUUAUCCCGACUAUUACGAUCAUGUUCCCCGCCCAUAUCAAAUUUGUGGCUAUGAUGGUGCGGGAAUUGUAAAGAAAGCAGGCCCUGAUUGUUCGCUCUUCCGUGAAGGAGAUGCAGUUUUCUACUCCGGGAGCCCAGUCCGACACGGAUCCAACGCUGAAUUUCAGUUAGUGGAUGAACGGUCUGUAGGACAUAAACCCAAGCGCUUGGACAUGGCUGAGGCUGCUGCCAUGCCUCUCACCUAUGUCACUGCGUACCAGGCCCUCGUUGAACAAAUGAAGAUUGAAGUCAAGGAAAGAGCGGCAGUGCUUAUAAUCAACGGAGCAGGUGGCGUUGGGGCGGUGGCUAGUCAAAUUGCUCGCCAGCUCCUUCAAUUGCCAGUAGUGAUCACAACCGCUUCCCGCCCGGAGAGUGUUGAAUUCACUAAACAGAUGGGAGCAACGCAUGUUAUCAAUCACAGGGAGGAUUUAAAAAAGCAAAUCCAGAAGCUCAACCUCGAGGUUCCUGUCAAGUAUAUCUUUAUCACGCAUUCUACCGAUCAAUAUAUGGAGACCUGUGCAAAGAUCUGUGCACCAUUCGGGAAGGUCUGCUCGAUUGUACAAGGCCAGGCCAUGAUGUAUGGCACAGAGUUCAUGGCAAAGUCGUUGUCAUUCAUAUGGUGCCUGAUUGGUACCAAACCCGUCUAUGGUACAGACGUGGAGUCUCACCAUCGCGUUCUGGAAGAGUUGAGUCGGUUAUUGGAUUCUGGAACCAUUCGCUGUCAUCUGACGCAUCGCCUUGGGUUGACACUAAAGGGUCUUCGUGAAGCCCACCAGGCUGUAGAGAGUGCGGGCAAUAUCGGAAAGACGGUUCUAGCCAUUGAUGAUAAUCGUGGCGCCGAGUCUUUCGCGUAA